ACGGCCCAAGAGUGGGCGUCUGUCAUGGCCCCCGGGGGCGGGGAAGGACUUUUGACGUGGGGUGUCUGUCUCCACGCAGUCGGGGAACGCGGGGGUUGGGUCGGCGCAGCUUCCCCGAUGUCUCUUCGGACCAAAGAGGGAGGGACAGUGAGGAGGAGAGGAUCCACGUCUGCGCUUUUGGACAAGCCGUGACCGUCCCCCUACUACCACCGGUACCGGGAGUGUCCGCCGUGGGCCUUGGGCGCGUUUUACUUUAAGGAGACUGACGCUCGGAGUGCGACCCCCAGCCCGAGGUCACGUCCCUCCCCGGGCAAGGCAAGGUGGGUGGUCGGCGGAGCCCGCGGGAACGGUUCGGGUCACCCGCCUCUCGGCCGGGGUGGCUGCGGCGGCGCUGAUGGACCCCGCGCAGGGCUGUGUGACCUUUGAGGAUGUGGCCAUUUAUUUCUCCCAGGAGGAAUGGGGGCUCCUUGAUGAGGCUCAGAGACUCCUGUAUGGUGAUGUGAUGCUGAAGAACUUUGCGCUUAUGGCCUCACUGGGACUUUCGUCUUUCAGGCCCCAUGUAGUUGCCCAACUGGAGAUGGGGGAAGAACCCUGGGUGCCUGACAGAGUGGACAUGACUCCAGCCUGGGCAAGAGGGUCUCAUACAGGACCUAGCUUUGCUCCCUCUACAGCACUCUUCAACAUUGGCCUACACUUAAUAUAUUGUGAGAUGUGCACAUUUCCUUUAAUAGUCCUUGAACACCAACUACUCAUUGGCAGUCGGAUUUUCCUGGGCCUGGACACAGCUUCUGCACAGUCCUCAUGGGUUACCAGCAGCCACGGCCCUGCUGAAAGGCCUUUACAGAGAAGUUUUUGGCAUGGAACGGAGGGUAAUGAGUCACCUUCUCGGCAUGGUGUUUCUGUAGAUGUGUCACAGGACUGGAAUCCCAAGGCAGGUCUCGCCACCCAGAAGGACUAUUCCUGUGACAUAUGUGGCCUACUCUUGAAAGACAUUUUUCACCUGGCUGAACACCAGGCAACACAUCCUGGGCAGAAACCAUAUAUAUGUGGGGCAUUUGGGAGAGGGUUCAGGUUCAAUGCAAACCUUCACCAGCAACAGAUUCAACAGAAUGUGGAGAAGCCCAUCAGAAGAGAUGAGGGUGGGGCCUCAUUUAUGAAGAGCUGCAGGAGCCACAUACCAGAAAAGCCUUUCAUAUGCACAGAGGUUGGGAAGGACUUGCUGGCCAGAUCAGGCUUUCUCCAGCAUCAGGCCACUCACAGUGCUGGGGAACCAUGUAGGAACACCAAAGAUGUGGUGAGUUUUCACACUGUGCAAAGGCAUUGUAAGUGCAGUGAAUGUGGGAAAGUUUUCACCAACAAAUCUACACUUGUUCAGCACCAGAGAAUCCACACUGGAGAAAGGCCUUAUGAGUGUGGCGAAUGUGGGAAAUUCUUUAGACAGACUUCUACCCUCAUUAUACAUCAGAAAAUUCACACUGGAGAAAGGCCUUAUAAAUGUAGUGAAUGUGGGAAAGCCUUCAGCCGUGAAACCAGAUUUAUUCAGCACCAGAAAAUUCACACUGGAGAAAGGCCUUAUGAGUGUAGCGAAUGUGGGAAAAUCUUUAGUCACUGCUCUGGCCUCUUUCAACACCAGAGAGUUCACACUGGAGAAAAGCCUUAUGAAUGCCAUGAAUGUGGGAAAUUUUUUAGCCACAUCUCCAGUCUCAUUAAACAUCGGAGAAUUCAUACUGGAGAAAUGCCUUAUGAGUGCGGUGAAUGUGGAAAAUUCUUUAGCCAAAACUCCAAUCUCAUUCAACAUCGGAGAGUUCACACUGGUGAAAGACCUUAUGAGUGUAACCAAUGUGGUAAAUUCUUUAGCCAAAGCUCCAACCUCAUUAAACAUAGGAGAGUUCACACUGGUGAAAGCCCUCAUGAGUGCAGUGAAUGUGGGAAAGCCUUCAGCUACAACUCCAACCUCAUUAAACAUCGAAGGGUUCAUACUGGAGAAAGACCUUAUAAGUGCAAUGAGUGUGAAAAAUUGUUUAGCCACAUUUCCAGUCUUAUUAAACAUCGGAGAAUUCACACUGGUGAACGGCCUUAUGAGUGCAGUGAAUGUGGGAAGUUGUUUAGCCAAAGCUCCAGCCUUAUUAACCAUCGGAGAGUUCACACUGGUGAGAGGCCUUAUGAGUGCAGUGAAUGUGGAAAAGCCUUUAGUCAAAGUUCUGACCUUAUGAAACAUCGGAGAGUUCACACUGGUGAACGGCCUUACGAGUGCACUGAAUGUGGGAAAGCCUUCAGCCAAAAAUCAAAUCUGAUUCAGCACAAGAAACUUCAUAAACCAGAUAGAACUUAUUAGUGCAGAAAAUAUGGGAAAACCUUCAGCCAAGGCCUAGCAUCAUUUGGCACCAGAACAUUCACACUGGAGAAAGGCCUUAAGAGUACAAGGAAUGUACUCCCUGGUUUUUCACCAUGACUCACACCAGAGAGAAGAUCUGAGAAUAGCCUUUAUGAGAGAGCCAUCAGCCAGAAAGUUAAACAUUGUUCAUCUUAAUAUCCACACUGGGGAGAUUUCUUUUGAAUGCUAGGUAUGUUGGAAGCUUUCUGGAGCUAUGUUGCAUUAUCUGACCAUGGACCUGACCAGAGUUUUGUCACUGCCAGUGUUUGUGGCAGAACCAUCUCAGCUGUAUCAGAGUGUAUGUCAGCCACUCCACUGUGUUUAGGGAAGGCAGACCUAUGUUUGCUUUCAUCCCUGAAGGGAAUUGUGAAGGAGUUGGUUCCUUUACUUAUGACUAGUUUAGCUGUGGAUAUGACCCAUCUUUGGCCACAAAGACCUAAGCUGGGUUCUGCUAGCAGCUUGCAGAGGCUUCCUUUUUCAAGGACAUUUGUUGGAUUUAUGUUGAAAGUAUCCAGCUUCCUGGUUACCCAACCCAACAACUAUCUGCUUUACAUUGUUCUGCUUCAUGUGAUAAUAAAGGCCUUAUUGUUAAAGCCACCUUUAA